GUCCUUAUAUUGCUUAUCUACUUUAAAUUAUUAUGCCCGCCUUAAUAUUUAAAUGUGAAGAUUGCCGCUUCGUCAGUCGCGCUUGUAACAUGCAGCUUCACAACACUGGCACCCACAGAACUCUAUAGUUGUCCUUCUCGCGGCUAUGCUCAGCUGUUGCCGGCGCUUGUUGGUUGCGAAAUUAAACGCGCAAUUUCAACAACAUGGUUUAAAUGCAAGAAAAUGUAAACAAAAUUGUUAAAUCAUGAGUAGCUCAACACGUGCCUUUGUUGGCAUGCAAAACAAAUACGAUCGCGUCGUCCUCCUGGUGGAUAUGGAUUGUUUCUUCUGCCAAGUCGAGGUAAAACAACAACCCGAAUACCAAGGUAAACCUUUAGCUGUCGUUCAAUACAAUGCCUGGCGUGGAGGCGGCAUCAUUGCCGUUAACUAUGCUGCUCGCGCCAAAGGUGUUACGCGACAUAUGCGAGGCGAUGAGGCCAAGGCACUAUGUCACGAUAUCAUCCUCUGCCGGGUGCCGAAUAUCCGUGAGAAGGCCGAUACAAGCAAAUACCGUGAUGCGGGUAAGGAAGUGGCCAAUGUCCUGCAACGUUUCACUCAGCUGCUGGAACGCGCUUCGGUGGAUGAAGCUUAUUUAGACAUCACUGAAACCGUUAACCAGCGUGUGGAGCAGCUGCAGACGGGAGCCUUUGCACUGCAGCCACAGGAACUGGUCAAUUGUCACGCCGUUGGCUAUGAUAACAUCGGAGAGUAUGUGAAUAAGAUCACUAAUCGAUUUGCCAAUCCCUAUAUGGAUGAUGAGCGCUUUAUGCUCUCCUACGAUCCCAAUGAUUUGCCUGCCGUGCGGCAAAGCGAUCUGCGUCUCUUGAUUGGCGCUUGUAUUGCUGGUGAAGUGCGUGCUGCAGUCAAAGCGGAGACUGGCUACGAAUGCUCCGCUGGCAUUGCACACAAUAAAAUUCUUGCGAAACUGGCGGCUGGAAUGAAUAAACCCAAUAAGCAGACCAUUCUACCACUGGCAGAGAUUCCUGCGCUGUUUGACCAGCUGCCCGUAGGAAAAAUUAAGGGCAUGGGUGGCAAAUUUGGCGAGACAGUUUGCGAGACGCUGGGUGUUAAGUUUCUCGGCCAGGUGCUCAAGUACAGCGAAUCGGAACUGCAACGCAAGUUGGAUGAUAAGAGCGGCACAUGGUUACACAACAUUGCGCGAGGCAUUGAUUUGGAAGCCGUCACACCACGUUUCUACUCCAAAAGUAUCGGAUGCUGCAAAAAGUUUCCUGGUCGCAACAACAUCACGGGUCUCAAGACCUUGCAGCAUUGGCUAAGCGAACUGGCAAGCGAGAUCAAUGAUCGAUUGGAGAAGGAUUUCAUUGAAAACAAUCGCAAGGCGAAGCAAAUGGUUGUGCAGUAUGUGCAGGACAUUGAUGGCAACGAAGUGGCUAGCUCUCGUUCCACAGCCAUUACGCAGAGCGAUCAGGAGACGCUGACUAAACAAGCCUUGGAGCUGAUAAAAGCCAAUACAAAGACAUUUCUUCGCGUUGGGAGUGAAUCCGCCCUCAACAAUGCUAUUAAAUUCUUGGGCAUCAGCGUGGGGAAAUUUGAAAGCGCAUCAAAUGCACAGAAUAGUCUACAAACAAUGUUCGCCAAUCAGGCAGCCAAGAAGCGUCGCAUCAGCGUGGAGGACGGUGUAGAAAAAGUGAUUGAAAAAGUGAUCGUGGAGCAGAAACCUAAGCAAACUGAUGAGGCUAAAAUGAAGGGAUUUUUUGCGAACUAUUUGCAAUCAAAGAAAAGCGAAACAAAAAUUGUUAAUGAAGCCGAAGGAGAAGCUAAAGAAUCGGAAUCGAAUGGUGUUGACCCAGAGCCACAAAUAAGUACAGCAGAAGUCGAGGAUGUUGCUCCACAAAAGAAAAGCUUCUUUGAACAAUACAAGCGUAAACUUAUUGAAGUCUCUGUUCCAAAAGAAGCAACAGAAGAGAAAGCUGCUCCAAUUUCCACACCACCUGAAUUUAAGGGGAGUUUCUUUGCCAAAUAUUUGCAGCAGCGCAAAGAGGAAAAGAAAUCAACGGAGCAAUUGAAUAAGUCAUCUGAGGAUGAUGACUCGGCUGAUAUGCAAGGAUUGGCAGCCGAGCUAGACGAGAUCGAAUCAAGUGCUCAAGAGCAACCAGAGUCUGAGAAGCAGCCCUCAACAUCGAAACGUAAAUUCGAACAGGUUAAUUCCAGCGAUUCAGUACCAAACAGCGACUACAAGAGCAGCUAUGCCGAAUUUGCAAUGCCAGAGAUACGCGGCGAUCUAAUCAAGAUGAUAAAAUGCGAUGAGUGUGAUGCUCAAAUACCCGACGAUAUCAAAGCAUUGCAAACGCAUCGUGAUCAUCACUUUGCCCAACAGUUGAGCCGUCAGCUGCGCGUCGAACAGCGUGAAGAAAUGCAACGAAGUCGACUUGAAACCACAACUACAGCGUCUCCAUCACCUACAGCAAAGGCAGCGCCAUCUAAGAAAUCAAAGAAAAGUGCCGGAACAACAGCGGCAACAACUACAGUAAAGCCUGUCAAUAGUAUAACGAAAUUUUUAACCGCCAAACAACCCGAACCUCCUGCGAGUUCCAGUGGAGUGCAAAUGGAACUCUGCUCAGAGUGCAAGGCAUACAUUAAAAGUGUGGAUAUGCCAGAGCAUUUGGAUUAUCAUAUUGCUAAGAAAUUACAGCGUGAACUCAACCAGUUGGAGGUGCGUACCAUAACUACCUCGAGCAACAAAAAAAUAUCUCCAGCUGCCAAGAAACAGAUGAGUAGCACCCUCAAUUCCACACCAGGUAACAAAUCCAUUACACAAUUCUUUUCCCAGAGCAAUUGAAGCAGAGAACUUCAAUGAGUUUCGUGUAAAAUGCAAUUUGUUAAUUGUCACGUAGAUUUUUUUUAUGUUUGUUCUACAUGUCCAGUGCCUUCAUUAAUAUUAGUACAGUUUAGUAUUAUUAAACAUUAUUACACGAGAAAAUCAUUUUUUUUUUACAAGUGCCAUCAACUUAUUAUAUUAGACCUAUAAACAAAGCUACAGCGUUGAAUAUGGAACUAUGUAUAUCGUUCCUGAAAUGUUCCUCUGAAAUUCUAAAAUGUCGUUCGUGCUUUAUUUUAGCUUACAAAAGUUAUCAUGAAAUAUUAUUGUAGUCUCAAUAUUUGGAUUACUACCUUUCCUAAAUU